AAUAACAAUAACAAUGUCGUUGGAAAGUAAUCUAAUUGAAAAUUUAAUUAAUAAUCAUGGAAUUAAUAUACUAAAUAAUGAGACAUUUGAUCAAGUUUUAGAAUUUGCUGUUUUGCAAAUUAGUGAGGAAUUUACGGAUAAAAGUUUGUCACAAAUUUACGGUUCAAAACCGGAUGCUGUAAAAAAUGCAUACGCUGGAUUAACAAGUUUAUUUGUUGAGGCAACGAGACAACAAUAUGAUAAGGAAAAAUUAGCGGCCUCAUUAAAUAAUUCUCAAUUAAAUGGACAACAAAUCAGUAAAAUUUGCGAUGCCUAUGAAUUAAAUAGAGAUCAAUUUCAACGAAAAUUACAAAUUAUCGGCGGUGGACUGCCACAUCUUGUUGAUGUUAAUUGGAAAUUGGAUUAUUGCAUAAAGUCGAACACAACUGAUUCAAAUGGAAUGCCAAUUUAUUUGAUUAGUCUUCAAACGAUAAAGCAUGGAGAGACGAAAUAUUUAAAAUUCACCUGUACUUUACAACAAUUGCAAGAUUUGUUGCAUAAAUUAAAAGACGCCGUACGUCACAUGGAAAAAUUGAGUUAAAAUGAAAACAUUAACUAUAAACUAAAAUAGAAUAAAGAAAAAAAAAUUUAGAUUAAAAAAAAAAAUCAACUUUAGAUAAAUUAAAUUUUUGAAAAAAAUAAAAUAAAAUAUAUUUAAACAAAAAUUC